CCGGUGUCGGUUCACCCGUUAGUCGCGUUUGCCGGAGCAGAUUACGAUGGAUAUAUUCGGAGUGUACUGCGCGAUGUGUUUACAUUAUCGCACAGUGUUUGCAUUGGGAAUGUGUGCAGUGCUCGACGGAAACUAGGCAGAUAGUUUUGUCUUCCGUUGUAGCAGUGGAAAACAAGCAGCGCAGGCUAUAGCAACAAGUGUGGCUAAUGCACUGUGGCGUCGUGAUCGAGGCUUUUAAAUAUCGGCGUACAUAUUUACGUGGAUUGCACACCGAAAGACAGUCUUCAAAACGGCAUGCCAGUUGACACGGGACGAUGACAAACGAAUUCACCGAUUGGCAAUACUGGCGGCUACCGCCUCACCACGUUCACUACGGAGACGAAAUCGAGCGGUUCGCAGCGACGACAGCACGCGCACGCCGACGGUACACUUCCCCGUCCGCGCUGCCCGGCAGCUGCUCGCCCGAGCGCCGUCCUACGAGUGAGCGGAGGCGGAGCGUCGAGCUCGGAAAACCAGCUAGGCCUACCACUGGCGCGGCGGGAACUCCGAGUCACUAUGCAAUCAUCAGUCCAAGACAACAUAGUUUGACCAGGACCACAAUGGGAAACAAGAGCUCAGCUGACAAGAAGUCUAGGGGGUCUACGGACGCCCUCGAUGAAGCUCCGAAAGGUAGUCCCCGUUUCCGUCUUCCCGUCAAGGCGAAGGCGAAGAAAACGCCACAGCUGACGCGAAAGAACGAAGAGUCCCCGCAACAAUCGAGGUCUCUGCCACCGCCAAGCCCAAGUCCCGCGAGCUCAGUGUCAGAAUCUGUGUACGUCGACACAGUUUCACAUAUCGCGACGCCGCCCCCCGAAGUCGCAGACGACACUUUGACAUUAAGAGAUUCGCCGAGCAACGUGAGUGAGUCGACAGUCUUCCUCGACGAUGAUACGACCGUGACCGACAGUUUGACGUCUUCGUCGCUUCCGAAGGACUUGCAGACAGUAAUGUCACCGUCGAAGUCUGAGCCGCGGGUGAGGUCACUCAGUGAAGCAGAGACGCAAAGACCCCGGCGCUGCGCUCCGAGGAUGUCGACGUCGAGCGAAGUUCGUGGAGGAGAAGGUCUUCAGAGCACGUCAACACCAACGUUUACGGUGACCCAGCACCGCAAAGUAGUUCUGCCGAAGUUCUCACCGUCCUCGAACGAGCCGGAGGAACUGACGUCGCAGGAAGACUCGCUAGCGCAGAGUCGAAGACACACAACGUACGAUGACGUACCACCGUUAGAAGGAAAUGUGUUGAGGAAAGUAGCCUCCUUAACAUUGGACAAGGCAACCAUUGAGGCAAAGGUGAACCGGCCCAAGGUGGUACCUGAGAAAUUGGACUUCAGCCUCUACGAAAAAUUCGAAGGGCAGAUGCUCCUGAACUGGUUCUGCACUACAUUCCCAGACGACCACUACUUGCGCUUCCUGCUCACGAAGCAGGACUUGAAACUGCUCGCCGCACAAUUCUGCACCCACCUUCUCGCUGCAGGAGUCCUGCAGCAGAUAGAAGAUGAAAAUGCACCUUUGGAGAGCCUCUUCAGGCCAGACCUCAUGUACUUCUGGAUGCAUUCCGAACCGCAAUCUCUGGCCACUCCACUUCCCGGUAAAUUGACCACAGACUACUGGCCUCCGCCGGACCAGGAAGGAGAUGCGAAGCCAGGAUUACGCUACACCGAGGCUGAAUUCCAACAAAUAAUUUUGACCAUGAAGAAGCAACACAAAGAAGAAUUAGAAAGGUUAAAGAAACAACAAGAAGUGGCUCUGUUCUCUCUACGUGGCGAACAGGUAGCGAAGCUGACUGACUACGAGGGUAAAGUGACGCAACUAGAACGUGAAGUGGACAAGUACCAGACUCUAGCGGGAAUCGAGGAACUGACGCGCAACGCUCAGGGCAUCAGUGAUGCAGCCGCAGCACUCGCAGGAGUGCAGCACAAAAGCGUGUGUUCCGUGGAAACGCAGACUGAGGGGAUCGGAAGAACAACAAUGGCCACCCAGGUAGCUGCAGAAUGUCAGGUAGCAGCAUCGCAGACGGACGAGAAAAAGGCUUCUGUUAUGGUCCAGACAGAAGCAGUGGAGGCGACCAGCGACAAAGCGUUGACAGAGAAAGAGGUUCACACUAAGAUGUCACCUGAGAAGUUAUCGGUAGCAGCAGCUCCUCCUCCACCACCCCCACCACCACCACCACCACCUCCUCCCCUUCCCCCAUUGGGCAUGAUGGUCCCUCCUCCUCCUCCUCCGCCGCCACCACCACCACCUCCUCCUCCACCACCAAUGAGCAUGGCAGGUCCUCCUCCACCACCUCCACCUCCACCCCCUGGUAUGCUUGGUCCGUGUGGGGUGCCUCCACCGCCUCAGCUUCCAGGGGCAGUGGGAGCACAACCUUCCCUAAGUACGAUGGGAGGUGUGCCUCCCCCUCCCCCACCUCCCCCAGGAUCGGCUGCAGGGCUUCCACCACUGCCAGGACCAAGUGCACCCACACCGCUGCCAACACCUCCAAUGGGAGGUUGGUACAAUGCCUACCAGAACGCUCGGAAACAACCAGUCAGCCCCAAGGCACCAAUGAAGCCACUAUAUUGGACACGAAUUCAGGUCACAACAGCACAGGAAGCCGUAAAAGAUCAAAAGACGCUCUGGGAAAACCUGGAAGAAACGGACCCAACUGACUGGGAUGAAUUUGCCAAACUGUUUUCAAGACAAGUGCGUGAGAAAAAACCUGCUGCCAAAGUGAAGAAUGCGCAAGCCAGAUCCAAAGAGGUGGCAAAGAUAUUGGAUCAAAAACGAUCGCAGAAUGUUGGCAUUCUUGUGUCGAGCAAGCACCUGGAAAUUUCAGACGUUGAGAAUGCAAUCUACAACUUUGAUACCUCUGUCGUUACGCUAGACACGUUACAAGCACUCUAUGAAAUUCGCCCCACUUCCGAGGAACUGAAAGCUAUCAAGGACCACAUAGCUGCCAAACCAGACAUUCCAUUGGACAAACCAGAACAGUUCUUGUUGGAACUAUCGCAAAUUCCUGACUACACAAAUCGUGUUGACUGCAUUAUGUUCCAAUCUUCAUACACUGAGACCAUAAGUUCAGUUGAGAACAAGCUGAACAACCUCAAGAUGACUUGUGAUUUACUCCUGAAGAAUCCAGAGGUGCACCAAAUCUUGGGAUUGGUAUUGGCACUUGGCAACUACAUGAAUGGAGGUAACAGGAGUCGAGGCCAAGCUGAUGGAUUUGGACUCGAGAUCUUAGCGAAACUCAAGGAUGUCAAAAGUCAGGACAACUCCCUGACCCUACUGCACUACAUUGUUAGGGUCUAUGUGAAUAAAUUUCAAACGGACGUCACUCAACAGAAGGUGAAGUUCCCACUUCCAGAGCCAGCUGAUGUGGAACGUGCAGCUCAGGUCAAUUUUGACGAUAUAUCUGGCGACCUCAAGAAGCUUCUGUCUCAGAUAAAGCGCUGUGAGACUAAUGUCAAGAACGUUCUUGAAAGAUCGGACGAGGAACAUAGAGAGCCUUUCAACCAGCAGAUGACAACUUUUCUCAAUAAAGCAUGUCAAGAGCACAGAGAACAAGAAGAAAACCUGGAAGAGUGCAAAGUAAAGUUCAUUGAAGCUAAGAACUACUUCAGUUUUCAACCAAAGUCAAAGAACGAGUCUGAAUGGCCAAUGGAGUUUUUCACUCCGUGGGCGCCGUUCUGCAAUGAUUUCAAAAACAUCUGGAAGAAGGAGAUCCAGCGGAAGAUGAAGGCAGACUUGGAGGCAGCACGGAAGAAAGUGAAGGACAUCCGCGAUGCCAAGAUGUCGAGCAUUCGGAGCAAAGUAGUCAACGUGAAAGACAGGCCAAUGGGACUGAAAGCGAGGAUGGCAAAGAAGAUGCCGUUCCUGGAGCAAAGCAUAAAGGCCGGAACACCGUGAAGGAAUCUCUCUGUGAAGGCAUUUUGUUAAUUUUUUAAAAAUUAAUAUAUUUAUUUAACAUUUAGUUCCACUUUUAGGAAACAUUAUUUAUUGCACUUUUAAUGUUUUAGUUUUAGAAUUGUUCAGAGGUCUAAUGCAGUGUAGCAACUUGUAAUGCACCUUUUGGUGGCAUGCAUAGAAUCUCUGAACUGCAGCAUGUACGCUGUGAUAAGUGCCUGCCUUAAUAAGAAUAGAGCCCAUAGGAGAUCUACAUGGUGCUUUGUCAGCAACUACUUUAUUUUGAUGAUGAUGAGUGUACUGUUUCAUCAGCAGAGGAGAUAUGCUACCUCAUGCUGUGCUGUGUCAAAGACUGCUUUUUUGUGCAGUUUGUAUAUUGGCAGUGUUAGCCAGUUCAGGGUGAAAUUUGUACAUACACAUAGUUUAACAGAGAUUAUUGUACAGUAUAAAUGCAAACUCGAUCACUGCGGUUGAGAUUAUUGAAGUUUUAGCCUCGACCCUUGGAGGCACAGACUUCUGUUGUGUUUGUGGAUGUGCAUAUGUGCCUGUGUUUGGUUCUAUUUUCCUGUUUAGUGUGACUCAGCGAGACGUUCCAAAGAUGGAAAUUGGAAGACAAAUGUAGAGAUGGAAUAUUUAGCCGUUACUUUACACUCUCUUGAGGCAGACCUCUCAGUUGCAGCAACACUUGAGGUUUACAUGUUUUUCGCACCUGGACUGCUGUGAUCGUAUGCAACCUUAUGUUUUGGUGGGCACAUUCCAUUUUUAGGUGCAAGAAAGAGGUUCUUUAUAGCAUGCACUGGUUGUACAGUGAGGAAGGUAGGCUGUGCAUGCCUUUAUUUUUACUUGCACCAACCCGUACAAGAAGGUUUAUGUUUAUGAUCGUCUUUACAAGAAAUAAAGCAUAUGUUACGAUGAA